CGUUCGACCGAAGACCAACGUGAUCGUCGAGAAACAUUAUCCAGAGCGCUCCCGAUCCGUACUGCGCGCGUCCCGAGAGAUGGUCCCGAGUUGAGGGAGCCCCGCAUGCCGUGAUGAGGUGUUUAUGUUGUGUGUGUCUGGGUUGACAAAAAAUGGCAGCCCCCGUCAAUGCGGCUUUGGUUCUGUUCGGGGGAUAUUUUCUACGGCUUGCGCUCAUCCUAUCGAACUACAGCGCCCGAAUCGCCGAUCGGGUUGAACUCUCGACACCCCUGAACUCAUGGAAGAGAGUCGUAGAGGGACAUUUUCUCCUCAAGCAUGGAAUCAAUCCAUAUUCCGGAGACAUCCUCCAUGAGCCGUAUCUGUCGCUCAAAUUCUACUCGAUGCUCAUUUAUCUAUUCCGGAACGGGAACGCACUCAAGCACGUUUUCAUCGUGAUGGAUCUUCUGACGGGCCUGAUUCUGUAUGCAGCCUCGAAAAAAUGCGUACAAAUUCUUCUGCAUCAAGACCGCUCCCUGUCGAAAGCCCAGUCGUCUCGCAAACUUGUGCUCACAAUACCUGUUGCUAGACAGAUUCCCUUGUUCGUGCUGACUGUUUAUUGUCUCUCGCCGUUCAACAUCCUAUCGUGCGUGUCUCAGAACACAUCGGUCUUUGACAAUUUCCUCCAUUGCCUGAGCCUAUUCGCGAUGGUAUACGGUGUGUGGCCGCUGAGUACAGUUACCCUCGCGCUGUUGACGUCGCGAUGUCUUCACACGGUGAUUCUCGUGGUACCUGCGAUGAUGUUCAUUCGACACCGGACGCCGUGCCUCCUCUUCAUUUCGGCCUACGUCGCAAUCCUCGCUCAGCUGAUAAGCUUCAACAGUGACUCGCACAUUUCGUCCUACUACUUUCAGCUGGCUGUGACCGAUCUCACUCCGAACGUGGGACUCUUCUGGUAUUUCUUCACGGAGCUCUUCGAGCACUUCCGCUGGUUCUUCCUAUGCGUGUUCCACCUUAACGUGUUGAUAUACGUUCUGCCGCUGAGUGUUCGCCUGCGAAAAGAUCCCCUGCUCCUGUACUGGUCGCUGCUCCUGAUCGUCUCGGUUUUCAAGCCCUAUCCCAGCUUGGCGGAUUUCGCCCUCUACUCUUCGUUGCUCCCCAUUUUCCGGCAUCUUUUCGAUUUGAUGCGGCAGGUGGUGAUCGUUUUCGCCGCAAUCGCGGUUUCUUGCGUCUUGGCCCCAAUCAUGUGGCAUCAAUGGCUGUUUGCCUACUCGGGGAACGCCAAUUUCUAUUUCGCGAUAACUCUCGUGUACAAUGUAUCUCAAGUCUUCCUUCUGACCGACAUGCUCGUCUCGGAUAUGAAGCGCAAGUUCUAUCUCCAGCACGGAGACCCGAAGGAGUUCGAAGCCAAAAAACAGAAGCUUACGCUGGAAUAAAACGUUCUGAGCAAACGUUUUGCGGCGAGCUGAAUAGUCUCGCCAUACGUUAGCGACUAACGGAGUCGCAAGGAUUCGCCGACCGGAUAUGGACGAGGAGAAAAAUGGUGGCUCGCGGACAUUUCCCUCAUUGUAAGAUAUUGAAAGCGAGAGGAGGAGAGAUCGAUGCCAACAUUUCGUCACCGUGACAUCCGACGUUAGAGAAUUCCGAAAAUCAGUCAUCACAGUGUAUAUAGUCUUGUACAGCCUGAUUAAGAAAUAAACCGGAGGGAUUCUGAAGCUCUACGAGAUCUAACCGAGUGAAGACGGCCCCCUGCUACUCCCAAA